AUGGAUACCCUCCUGGCCAGCUAUCUCCACGAUGAGCGUACGCGCGAGUCCAUCAUCGAACCAAAAUUUCAGCAUCGACUUGCUCUUGGAGACGCCUGGCAGAUCAAGCCGGGCUCACGCGUAUUGGAUGUGGGAUGCGGGCAAGGUGAAUCAAGCCUAGUGCUUGCGCUGGCCACUGGCCCCACCGGCCAUAUCAUUGGCAUCGAUACGGCACCCCCAGAUUAUGGCGGACCCUAUACAGUGGCUCAAUCGCAGAAGCACAUCCAGGCCUCCGUUUUGGGCAAGCAGAUCGAAUUUCGACGUGCCGAUAUCGCCAGCCUACUGAGCGAUGACGAAUACAGGAGCCGGCCCUUUGAUGUCGCGGUUCUCUGCCACUCUUUGUGGUAUUUCCAAAACCAGACCGCCAUGGCCGAGGUCUUCCGACUCCUCGCCAGCGUAAAGGUGCGCUAUCUCUGUUUAGCCGAGUAUGGCUCGAGGGCGUCGCGACCAGAGCAGACCCCACAUGUGCUAGCGGCGGGCGCACAGUCCAUUUUCAAUGCAUUGCGCAAGUCGACAGCAAAUGGCGUGCGAGAGCCUAACGUGCGUAGCGCACCGACACCGGAGGAGAUAGUAUCUAUAGCAGGGCAGUUUGGGUGGCGCGAGGUCCGAUCAGGUUAUCUGCAGCCGGUGCGGGGGAUGCGAGAUGGGCACUGGGAGGUUCAAUUCGUCUCGUCCUCCCUGUUCCAGAGAUGGAUCCGGGAUGAGGGGUUGGAAGAUGACAAGUCGCUCUCGGAUGCAAUCCGAGCCGUCGACCAGUCCACGCAAGCCUUACGGUCGGAGGGGGUGGACAAGUGGGAUACCAUGGAUGUGUAUUGGGCGGUAUUGGAGUUGGACCUAUGA